UGCCCACUACCAUCACGUGCCGUGACAUCGGUCGCCCAAGAGAGGCGAAACACCGGAAACUCACGGAAGCCCGACUUAACUGACUAGUCACCGACUGUUCUGUCCGUCUGUCUGUCGCUCUGUCGCUCUGUCGCUCUGUCGCCUCCGGAUAUGUAUCCAUGUGACUAGUCCCGACGCGCCUCAUUCUUUCCCUUAUCUCUAUUUCUUUUCUCACCUGAUUUCCCCUUCGUCUUUCUCGCCCUUCCAGAGCUCUAUCAUUGAGCGCUCCGAUCCCCUCCUUCCACGGGCUGGAAGGGUCUCUCUCUGGUCGCGGUCUAGAAUCCCCGAGUCCUAGCGCCCCUCCACCGUUCGUCCCCACAGUUAGCUGCGUCCGUUCCUUGAUCUUCUCGGGGUUCCGAUAUACCUCACCACAACUUCCCCAAUUGUUCGCGUCGACGUCCUUGCAGCAUGCUUGGAGAAGGACCUGAGGACGGCUCUCGUCCUCAUGUCCCACCACUGUGGGAAACGGAAAACCGUCCCGUGGACGAUACCCCCGACCUCCCUCAGCAUGAAGAGACCGGUCUCCCAUACUUACCCGUCUGGCUACGGGAGUCAUCCAAAUCCAUUCGCUGGGGAUGGGUUCCAUUGCCGCUACGCAAAGCAGGCUGGGCGAUAGCCGACUGGGUCAAGGGCCCGAAACCUCCGCAAUCCCUCCUAUUGAAGCCGCUGUUCCCUCGCUAUCAAGAAUUGCCGGUUCGGUUACUCGAGCGCUUCUUUCCCAAACGCAAGCACAAGAUCGCAUUGCUGGCACUGCUGUAUUUUGUCUGGUUUCUGCCCUGGACCAUUGUCUUGCUGCAUUCGCGACAGGGCGGUUACAUCGAGGGCUAUGGACGACCGAAGACACUCGCUUGCUCCACGAGUCUAUGGCAGUCUGGCAAUGACUGUGGCCUCAACGGCAACGACUGUCGCCCCUUCUCUGCAUCAACUAUGGCCUUCCGGUGUCCUGCAAACUGCCGCGACUCAAAAUUGCUCCAGCCGCAUACGAUCGGCAACCAGACCUAUAGCUACCAGGGCCUGGUAGUGGGAGGUCCUCAACCAGAAUCCGAUGAGCCUGCCGUGUAUCGAGCAGAUAGUUUCGUGUGUCAGGCAGCCAUUCAUGCGGGCGUGAUCACUAAUGCGGUUGGUGGUUGUGGUGUAUUGAAGCUGGAUGGCGCCGCCCAUUCCUUCCAUGCGUCAAAGCAACAUGGAAUUCGCUCGGUUGAAUUUCCGUCAACCUUCCCCAAAUCGUUCAGCUUUGUCGAGCUCUCCUCAGCACAGGCAACCUGCCCUCAAGAUCCUCGCUGGCCAUUGCUAGGCAUUACCAUUGGCGCACUAAGUCUUCUCUGGCUGUUCUGCGUCUCCCCACCUGUUCUGUUCUUCAGCACAUUCGUCAUGCUGUUUUGCCAGGUGGGACUGGUUUCUGAUCCGCCGUCGAUCUCUCAGUUUGCCGACCUUUUCUCAACCAUGUUCUCGCGACUCUUGCCGGCGUCGUUUGUGGCCUUCGUCCUGUAUAAGUAUUGCGCACGGCCGCUUCUGACCCCGCUUUCCGAGCCAAUGUACCAGCUGACUAAAAUGUUCCUCUACCUGCCACCUGCCUUUAUUGGUGGUCUGAAUAAUUACACUUUCGCCAGGCUGAUCCCGCUCGAGCGUUUGACUCCUCAUGAUAUCCAGAAGCAGCCCGGAGCCAAGGUUGCACUGGCCCUGGUGAUUCCCACGGUGGUCUGCAUCAUCUUGAGUCAAGCCUGGCAAAUACGCAUAGGAGGCUUAAUGCCUCGCUACCUCAAGAUCUAUUGCACUAUGGGUCUCAUCCUGUUGAUCUUACUCCCACUGCCAGGUCUGCGCUUGAGAAUCCAUCAUUACAUCCUUGCCAUCCUUCUCAUGCCGGGAACGGCCCUACCUACGCGCCCUUCGUUGAUCUAUCAGGGAUUGCUAUUGGGUCUCUUCAUCAACGGCAUCGCUCGCUGGGGAUUUGCAUCGAUCAUAGAAACCCCCGCCGCCUUGGGCGAGCAAGCCCCGGGCCCUGGGGGUUCGCACGGAUGGUGGGGCGGGACCUACCCCAAUGUCAGUGAUUCCUCGGUCUCGGUCUCCCUUCCUGGUCCUGGGUCUCCCGAAACACAUCACGGAAAUGGAAAUAUUACUUUCAACCUCUGGGAACGGCAACGUAUGGACAAGAUGGGCGUAGAUGGUAUCUCUGUAUUGGUGAACGACGUCGAGCGCUGGCGCGGCUAUCUGGACGAAGACCAGCGGGGUGAGUUUAUAUGGCAUCGACAUGGACACAGAGGGCUGGAACUGCAACAUCGACCCACCAUCGAGAGUGACCAGCUGGACGUCACUGUGCAGGAUGAUGAUUCUGAGCCGGAAGACCUUUUCUUUCGGUUCGCCUUCCUCAAGGGAGCGGAAGCCGGCAAAUACGGUGGAGCCGGGGUUUGGCUACGGGAUGGAAGAUGGAUAUCGCCGCCUCCGCCGAAGUCGUAAACAUACAUUUGGUGACUUUUUGGAGCCUGCUAAAUUGUUGAUUCGUUCGUUUGUCUCUUCAUCUGGUACGAAUAAACGUGGUCCAUGCUGCAGAUCCCAAAACCAGACUUUUUUAUAUUCUUACGCUUUGAAACACCUACUGUCAGACCUACCUCCUGCGCUUUUAUAUCACCCAAUCCAUGGUUGGUGGUAAUGCGCUAUAAAUGUUUGGUUAUGUGCCGCCUCGCAGUGACUACACUGACCUCCCGCACGAAGUACUGGCUUGCAGCAGCUUCU